CUUACAGAAUUAGUACAGAUCGUUACAGUGUCGCACAACAGGUGUUAUCAGUUAUACCUGAAUAAUCACCGGCUGUUCACUGUGUUGUAUUCGCAGUUGAAAAUCGAAACUUGAACAAUCGUGUUUUGUUUUUUACGCCGUACGCGUGUGAGUGAGUACGGUAAGUGGUCGGUUGAGUUGCUCAGAUACUACUCUAGUUUUUCUAGUCAUAACAAGCGAAACCCAAGCCAAAGAUCAUGUCGAAAAGAAUCUCGUCCAAAAUAUUCAUCGACGCCGUAGCUAACAACAGCUUUGACGAGAUUCAAGACUCACUGAGCAAGGGCGCCGAUGUAAACGUCCUCAACGACAAGGGCGAAACUGCGCUUCACGUGGCCAUCACCCAGGACAACGUCCCACUCGUCAAAUUUUUGCUGGACAAAGGCGCCAAUUUGGAAAGUCGAACGAAGACGCGAGACACGGCACUACACUUGGCAGUUGCGGAUAAUUCGUCGUCGACUGCCAGGGAUAACUUGCAGCUCGUCAGCUACCUUCUAACUCGGCCAUUCGAUGUUCGGGCAAGAAAUAUCUACGGUGAAACUGCCUUGCAUAAUGCCGUCAAGUUCAGCGACAAACGCGUAGUGGAAUUGCUGCUCGUUAACGGUUUUCAACCCAACGACGUGACGAAUAAUGGAUCCACGGCUCUGCAUUAUGCGCUCUGUCGCCCUCGCAAAUACGAGCAAUUACUGGACAUAAUCAGUUUGCUCAUGCAGUUUGGUGCAGAAAUAAAUGUCAAAAAUAAACUGGGCGCAACUGCCACUUAUCUAGCUUUCAAAACUAAAAUAUAUAAUAAAUCUGUUAUAAAUUAUUUGCUUGAUCACAAUGCUGAUAUUAACUGCACAACGAAGGAUGGUUUCACUUUACUAUUUGAAGCCAUUAGAGAAAGGAAGCUUAGUUUGAUUAAAUAUUUGUUAGAACAUGGAGCCAAUAUUCAUGCCAAAAAUAAUCAUGGGGAAAACUUGAUUCAUUUUGCUAUAAAAUGCAUAUCUAAAGAUAAAAAACAAAUUAGUGUGGUGAAGUUGCUUUUAGAAUUCAAGAUUAAUGUUAAUGAAAAAGAUCUGAAAAAUAAAACUCCUCUUCAUUAUGCCCUGAAAUAUGCGAAUCAUAACUUGGUCAAGUUAUUGAUUGAAAAUGGUAGUUUCAUCAAUUGUAAAACAUAUAACGGGGAAUCACCUUUAACCUACGCCAUAAGAUACAAUAAACUAGAAUCUGUUAAAUUUUUAUUAUCAAUGGGAAUAAAUCCAAAUGGUUACACAGAUAAUAAUUUUUAUCAAACUUACUUGACACUAGCAGUUAAAAUUGGUAAUAAAAGUAUCGUUGAACUACUCAUUGAUCAUGGAGCUAAUGUAAAUUCAUUCGAACCCACAGAUUAUUGCCAAAGUUGUAGCAAUAGUACUUCUCCUCUGUCAGUAUCGAUUUCAGCAGGAAAUGAAGAUAUUAUGAAACUUCUCGUAUCAAAGGGUGCCAAUGUGAAUUCAACUGAACUUCACACAGGCACACCCUUACAUCAUAGUGUAAGAUUUGCUAUGUUAAAAGUGAGUAAAUUGUCCACGAUUCAAUAUCUCUUAGACAAUGGUGCUGAUGUGACCCUGGAAAAUACUUAUGGAAAUACAGCUUUAAUGAUAGUAUCUGGCAUUGAAGAUUAUUUUAACAUUGCUUGUAUUUUAAUUAAGCAUAUGGCAGUCAUGUCAACAAAAGGGGAUUACAUUGGAAGAAAAAACAUGGAAAUUAUAUUAAAUAAUUCAAAUUAUUUAAAUUUCUACAAUCAAGUUUGCAUAAUGGAAAUUUCACAAAUGGAAAAAACUAUUAUUGAUCAAAAUAUAAAAUUUUCUGAUGUUCUGUUAUCGAAAGAAAAUGUUUUAGUUAAAUGCAUACGAAAUAAAAAAGUACAAGAGCUUUUUCAAAAAACUGAUGAUAAAACGAUUGAGAAGUUCCCAAACCUUUGGAGAUAUUUAAGUAAAAAUUUGAAGGAAGGAAAAUACAGACUAGAAUUAGUUAAUAGACACAGUUAUUCACUUCUGUCGAUCAUUUCCUGCCGAUUACCUUUGGAAAUAGCUACUAAAAUUUGCUUUUAUCUCUCAAACGAAGAUCUAAAAAGUUUAGGUUACGCAUGUAAAAUUAACAAAAGUGUACAAGUUAAUUUAAAUCAAGGAAACUCAAUGAAAUUGAGAAAAAAAAGAAAGUUUGUAUAAAUUAUGAAAAAAACUACU